AUGUCGAGUCAGGACAAGGGCAUCCCGCUGCACAACAUCCCCGACGACGCAGGCUACCGCCUCAUCGAGCUGCCUCCCGAGGUUGAGGCUCUACUCGAAGCCGACAAUGCUACAGCUCUCACGCUCGAGUCAGGCGACAACGCUGGCCUCCUCAGAACGCCGGGCAAGACGUACGCCCUUCGCCAAAAAAACACUUCCAAUGCUCUGAUACUCCUCAAGCCGCACACAUCCAGGGCCUCUUCUCCAACUCAAGGACUAGCUACAUUCGCUACUAUUCACGACACAGUCGAGCUCGAGCUCGUCAAGGAUCCAGCUUCAGACCCUGAACCCAGGGUGGCGCCGGCAAAGGGCAAGUGGCACGAGCGAUUCGGCAGGAACCGGUAG